CUGCAGGUCUACGUCGAAUCGUUAUAGUACCUUUGCGCCGUAAGUUGGCUCUUGACCACUCUGGUCGGGGGAUCAAGAUUGGUUACAUGACAGGUCGAGUAUACCUUCCGGUCCCAGCGCAGGCCUUCUUCCAGGCCGCGAUUAUAAUCUUCUUCUAUCUUUUUCCUGCUUGAUGAGUCUUAGAUGAGUCUUUAGCAGCCUGCGCGCGAGCGUUUCCGCAACACAUGCCCGAGUCAAAUGCUGAUCUAGUCCCGGUGGGAGUUGGAUUUAGAUCCAUAGGCCUGCGGGAUGGUCAGCGGUGCCAAUCGGAACUCGGCCGAGUACUGGGGCGAUGUGGAUAGUUUUGACCAGCGCAAGGGGACAUGGGGUUGAUAGCCUAUGCGCUACUCACCGCGCCAAAUUACUUCGAUGCGGCGAGGUUGCGCGAGGAGGAGACACAUUUAGACAGCUCAAACUCGUUCUACCUCUGGGAUGGGUGGAGCAGUGACGGCCUUUGGGGCGACGAAAGGAAGCAGGAGGACUUUUACUGGGAGAACUUUGCGAUACAGUAUAUAGGCAGGGGCCGCAACUCGUCCCAGUUCGCAUACUGGUGUCUCAAGAGCUUCGUCGUGGACAGAUUACCAGAGACUCACCCGUUCUGGAUGUGCAAUAAGCUGCCCCACCCGCUCGACUCGUCUACCCUCAAAACACUGGGCACCGGAGAUAAUGCCCAACAGCACCUAGACGAAGUGCUAGCGCCUAACAGCACGCUUAGCAUAAGCACCGACGAUGGUAAUACUGGGAGCGUACAGUGGGAGCCCUUUGGUGUCCACCUCGAUUUCGUGGAGAUCAUCCUCCCUGACUGUCGGGCAGAGAAUGUGCCCGCGCUUGUCAGUACCUGGAAGACACGAAAGGCGAUGGACCUCCGGGUGGAGGCAACAUUGAUCUCUGCGAUGAAACAUUGGCCAGCAUGGCACUUCCGCGUAUACAGGGUAAUAUAA